UUAAGUUAGCUACAAUGGCGGAGGUGCAGGUGGGAGGAGGAGGUGGUGGUGGCGUGGUGCUGCAGGGGAGGCGGCCGCUGGCGGAGUACGCGGCGGAGCUGGAGGCGCUGAGCGAGAGCGUGAGGGCGGCGCCGCCGCUGCGGCUGAGGCCGCUGGUGCAGGCGUGCCACCACGCGCUCGCCUUCUUCGACCUCCUCGGCGUGGAGGCCGCCUUCUGGAAGACGGAGUACACGGAGCGGCUGGUCGAGCUGGAGCGCGCGUCGGAGGCCGUGGGCACGGCGGAGGAGCUCGUCGACCGCGACGUCGCCGCCGGCCGCGUCACAGCCACCGGCACCCACUCCAACAACCUCGUCCGCGUCAAGCGCGGCAUCGAGCUCAAGCGGGCGCUCUUCCAGCUCAUGCUCGCACAGCUGCAGCGCCCACCUGCCGUCGUCUCCUUCGAUGGCUUGGUGUCCAUGGCGUACGCCGCCGUGUUCGCCCGCUACCACGACAAGAACGUGCAGAGCACCGUCGCCGACUCCAUCUGCGCCAUCCCCGUCAAGUCCAUUUCCGAUUUCUUCGCCACCAUCAACGAGACCCAUGAAUCUGCGGCUGCAGAGAUGCACAAGUACAUCGAAGCAGCCAACGGGGUCAUCAGCUACAUCGACGAGCUAUUCGCCUCCAGAGGCCUCAGCUCGGCUUUCUGACUGCUGUCAUUCACACAUCAUACGGACUAUGCAAAUGGUGGUAAAAAUCGUUUUAUGUCAAAAAAAAUUCAAACAUCACCCAAAUCAAUAGUUAAUGUAUUAAUGUGUACUUACUCUGCUACUGGUCUUCUAGGCCUAUAUAUAUGCAAUACAGGGUGUUUUUUCCUUUUUUUUUUAUCGCUGAAAUAAGAUGCCACUAUAUAACUUGUACAUGUAUCGUCAAGUAGUCUGAAGACUGAAGUGCAAAUCUGGUUAUUCUU